AUGAAACUAGAAAGGAAAGCAUUGAAUGUUUUAGAAACCGCUUCUCAUGCUGUUAACUCUGGCUUACUAUCCAAACAACCUGUGUGGAUGCCAGUGGUUGCUGCUCAUCCUCCAUUGAAAGAUUUGAUCAGAGUACCAUACCGAUUAAACAAACUAUCGGAAAGUAGAAAUCAGGACUCAAAAACUAAAACCAAAAAUUCAAAUUCAGUGUUUAAAACAAAUAACAAAGAUUUGAAACCGGCUAACCUUUAUAAACCAUCAAAUUUGAAUUUCUUAGCAGAUGAGCUACGAUCAUUAUUUUACAAACAACAUCCAUGGGAACUAGCCAAUCCAAAAUUGGUUGUUGAAAAUGCCAAUGGUGAUGAUAAUAUAUCUACCAACUACUCUAGUAUUUUGAAUGUUGGUAAAGCACUAGAUGGAGAAGCUGUUGUACAAAGAAGCCUAUAUAUUAAGGAAAAUUCAAAAGAUUUGAGUCUUUUGCAAUGCUAUGAUCAAGCAAGAUUUGAAUUUUACCAGGCGAAAAUUCACCGUGAGUUGGCUGCUAAUGUUGCCAAAGAAGAAGCACUGAUGGCUGGAGCAGUGUUUGGAAAAUCCCAUAUUGAAAUUGGUUUUGAACAAGAGCAGAAUAUUAUUACACAAUGGAAAAAGGACGCUACCUUCCAAACUAAAGUUUUGGAUUCCAGUAAAUCUUUUGGAGUCUCACAAAACUCAUCUGCAAAUAAUCUAGAAAAUGAAAAUAAACAAAAAUCAACCGAUGAGCCUAGUGAUGUAUUUAAUGACGAAUAUAGCUAG